CACGGCCGGUGUCGCGCUGUGGUCUGUGCCGGUGGUGAGAGUCGUAGGCCGGACUCGGGGAGACCCAGGAAGCCUAGCCAUGGAUCCUGUGGCCAUUGAAGAUGUGGCUGUGAACUUCACCCUGGAAGAGUGGGCUUUACUGGAUACUCCACAGAAGAAACUGUAUAGAGAUGUGAUGAAGGAAACCUUCAGGAACCUGGACUCAAUAGGCCAAAACUGGGAAGAUCAUUACAUUGAAGAUCUGUACAAAAGCCAGGGGAGAAAACUAAGAAGUCAAAUGGUAGAAAGACACUAUGAAAGUAAAGAGGGCAAUCAACAUGGAGAAAAUUUCAGCCUUACCCCAAAUCUCAGUCUGAACAAGAAAACUACUGGAGUGAAGCCACCUAAAUGCAGUAUAUGUGGAAAAGUCUUCAUGCAUUAUUUUUCCCUUAAUAUGCAUAUCCGAGGUCACAGUGGACACAAACCAUAUGAAUAUCUGAAAUAUAGAGAGAGGCCAUAUAAAUGUAAGGUGUGUGGGAAAGCUUAUAUUUCUUCAAGUUUAUUUCAAAUACAUCAAAGGAAGCACACUGAAGAGAAAACCUAUACUUGUAAGGAAUGUGGGAAAGCCUUCCGUUUUCUCACCUCCUUUCAAAUACAUGAAAGGGUUCACACAGGAGAAAAGCAAUACGAAUGUGAGGAAUGUGGAAAACCCUUCAUGUGGCUCACAAGCUUUCGAAGACACAUGGCCAUGCACACUGGAUAUGGACCUUAUAAAUGUAAGCAAUGUGGAAUGGUCUUUAGAUAUCAUCAGGCUUUUCAAACACACGAAAGGACUCACACAGGAGAUAAAGCCUAUGAAUGUAAGCAAUGUGAUAAAGCUUUCAAUUCUCAACGAGGUUUCCAAAUACAUCAAAGCUAUCACAAAGGAAAGCACCCCUAUGUAUGUAAACAAUGUGGAAAAGUUUUUAGAUAUCAUCAUACUCUUCAAGCACAUGAAAAGAUUCACACAGGAGAGAAACUCUAUAAAUGUAAGCAGUGUGGUAAAGUUUUCAAUUCUCAUCGAGGUUUCCAAGUACAUGAAAGAUAUCACAAAGGAGAGAAACCCUAUGAAUGUAAGAAAUGUGGUAAAGCUUUCAGUUCUCACCAAGGUUUUGAAAUGCAUGUAAGAAAUCACAAGGGAGAGAAACCCUAUGCCUGUAAGGAAUGUGGUAAAAGUUUUAGUUGUUAUCGAGGUUUCCAAUUACAUGAAAGAAAUCACAAUGGAGAGAAACCCUAUAAAUGUGAAUGUGGUAAAGCUUUUGUUUAUUACUAUGCCUUACAAUUACACAAAUCAACUCAUACUGCAGAGAAAUCCUAUGAAUGCAAGGAAUGUGGGAAAGUCCUCAGUAACCACAAAUGCUUAAAGAGACACGAGAAAUUGCACACAGGAGAGAAAUCCUAUAAAUGUAAGCAAUGUGGGAAAGCUUUCAUGCAUCUGUCAGGAUUUCGGACACACAUGAAAAUGCAUGCAGGAAAUAGACCUUAUCAAUGUAAGGAAUGUGGGAAGGCUUUCAUUUACCCAUCAGGUGUUAGAGCACACAUGAUGCAAGUACAUGUUGGAAAUAGGCCUUAUCAAUGUAAGGAAUGUGGGUUAGCAUUUUAUUUUCCCAGUUCAUUACGCAGGCAUGAAAUGACUCACACUGGAGAGAAACCCUGUGAAUGUAAACAAUGUGGUAAAACCUUCAGAGAUCACAGUUAUUUAAAAAUACAUGAAAGAAGUCAUACUGGAGAGAAACCCUAUAAAUGUAAGCAUUGUGGUAAAGCUUUUAUUUCUCAGCUAGGUUUCCAAGUACAUGAAAGAAGUCACACUGGAGAGAAACCAUAUGAAUGUGAAGAAUGUGGGAAAUCCUUCGGUUAUCCCAGUUCCUUCCGAAGGCAUAAAAAGACUCACAGUAAAAGUCCUGCUGAAUGUAAAUAGCAUAGGAAAGACUUCAGUCGAUCCACAUCCUUACAUGUGGGGUGGGGGUAGAUAUAAAUAUAUGAGUAACAUGAGAAAGCUCGAUGGAAAUUAAUCCAUGUGUAAUGUUCUAGAAAACUUUCAACAUGAAAGUUAUUAUAAACUAGAGGCCUGGUGCACAGAGUCAUGCAUUGGUGGAGUCCCUUGGUCUAGCCUGCGGGGAUCGGGCCAAAAUUAGCUCUCUGAAAUCCCUUGAGGAGUCCCAGAUUGUGAGA